UGCUAUCCAGACAUGCCACUGCUAUUGUGAUGACUGCUAGAGAGAAACAUCAUCUCUCACAGAAAUGCAGCAGUGGAUAUUUUUAUGACAUCAUAGAUGGUGAACUAAUGCUUUCACACCCAUUAUUUUCUUCUAGACCCUCUGCUUUACAGAUAAUCCUUUAUUCGGAUGAAAUCGAAAUUUGCAAUCCACUUGGGUCUCAUGCUUCAAAGAAUAAGUUGCUCAUGUUUUACUACACUUUGGGAAACAUUAAUCCAAAGUACAGGUCAAAAUUAGCUUCAAUCCGCCUUCUUGCUAUUGCAAAGCAAAGUGAACUCUCAGAACGUGGAGUUGAUGCCAUAUUGGCAAGACUGCAUGAGGACUUGGUUAAUCUAUAUAAUGGCGUGAAGAUUCAUCUUCCAUGUGGUGAACAUGAGAUAUAUGGAGCAGUGGUUUCCAUAUGUGGAGAUACUUUAGCUCAACAUGAGUUGUGUGGAUUCAAAGAGGGUGUGGGCUUUGCGUACAGUAAAUGCCGACAUUGUGAAUGUUCUUUUGAGGACAUGCAAAUGUUUUUUAAUGAAGAAAACUUUGAACAAAGAACACUGGAAAGACAUAUUCGACAGUGCAGUGACAUUGAGAAAGCCAGUACUGAGUAUCUCAGGAACAGCCUUAAAACUACAUAUGGAGUAAACCGAAGGAGCAAAGUAAUGGAUUCCCCUGCCUUCAAUUUAAUCCAACAAACUCCUCAAGAUAUAAUGCAUGUAAUUCUUGAGGGCAUUGCUCCCUUGGAAAUUAAGUGUAUGCUGAAACAAUUGGUUCUUUUGGGACAACUGGACCUAGAUGUUUUUAGUGCUGAUAUCAUUGGUUUCCCAUACUCUCCACAAGAUACUAGAGAUAGGCCUAGCCCUAUUGCGUACACUACAUUAGCUUCCAAUGACAACAAACUGAAGCAGUCAUCAGGUCAAAUGCUUGUUUUGCUCAAAAUAUUGCCCUUUCUGUUGGAUGUGAUUAAAGGUACUGCAUAUUUUUCCUUCAUUCUUGAGCUUCUGGAGAUUGUUCAAAUUUUGUUUUCACCUGUUAUUAGCCUUGAGACUAUUGACAAGUUGAAAGUACUUGAACAGCAUCUUAAACAUUUUAAGGAUCUUUUCUCAGAGAACAACAUUACACCUAAACAGCAUUACUUGAUUCAUGUUCCAUCCCAGAUUAAACUGUUGGGACCAAUGCUUCGUCACAUGUGCAUGAGGUUCGAAUCCAAACAUUGUUUCUUUAAAAAAAUGGGUUUCAAAAGUAAAUUUCAAAAAUGUCUGUAAGUCCUUGAUUAAGCAUAACCAAAUGUUUGAAUGCUGUCAGAAUGUAAACAGUUCCAACCACCCCAUUUUUGCCAGUGAAUGUGUAUUGGGACCAGUAUCAGAAGUAAAAAACAUGCCGUAUUUAAAAGGAAAAGUAAGGGACUAUUUUGGUGUUAAUCAGAUAAACCAUGCAGUGUCUGUUAAGUGGAUUACUUUAAAUGGAAACAAAUACAUUCGUGAAAAAACAUUACUAGUGUGUAUGGCAAAUGCUAGUAGUCUACCUGAAUUUGGACUUGUGAGGAACAUAUUCGUCAUAAAUUCAUCUUUGUAUUGUUUUGAAUGUCAGAUGUACAGUACAGUCUGUUUUGAUAGAGACUACAUGUCUUAUAAAAUUGAGGUUCCCAACCUGGCAGAGGCAACUGAACUCGUAAAUGCAGACAACCUUGUAGACUUCACACCGUAUUACAGUUUCAUUCACAGGGACAUUACAUAUGUCCCUAUGAAAUAUUACCUUGGAGAUGUGAUUGAAUUACAUAAAGCCUCAAAUGUGUGAGGAUUUACGGGUGUGUUCUAAAUUGAAUACCUUUUGACUUAUUUUUGAUGUAUAACAAUUUUUUGCCUUUCAUUUAUCAUUGUGAUGUUUUGGAAUAAUCUGAUUUCAAUACAAGUUGAGCUCAAUCGACAACAAUGUUGAUCAAACCCCUUUUUUGAGAAGAAAAAAAGUUGUCAAUUAUUUUUAUGCUCAUCAACAAAUGCUGCUUAUGAGCUCACCCAGAAUAUUCCUUAGAUAAACUUUAAUACUCAUGUGAAGUAUUGUCUCUUGAUUGUUCUGCAUACAAUAAUUUCAUUGUUGUAUGUCUGUUGAUG